GCUUCAAGAGGUGGCCCCUCAGUGACUGUGGGUGGUGCGUUAACCCGCAGUCACUCGACUUCGAUUGAUGUAAGUCCUCACUCCGCCUCACUAGUGCACGGUAAAUAACGUCAAGAUCUCGGGAAAUACUAAUGUAAGGAAAACAACAACUCCAGGGUCAUGUCUUAAGGCGGACUUCCAUACAUAUCAAGAUGCUUUUUAUUUGAUGGACACAAAGGCAUCGCCGAAUGAAUACUUCUCCCUGCGUCUGUAACUGGCUGAAAUUAUGUUUCCCGAUAUUGUGUAUGUGAUAUUUUUCAGCACUUUGCACAUGGUAUCAUCUUUGCAGCUGCAGCUUGGCAUGCCAAAUGUUUGUGCUGACCAGGAGAUGUCAAUGUUGGGGAGCCGUCAACCUUGUGUCCAGGCUUUUACCCGUAUGGUUAAAGUAUGGAGGCAAGGCUGCAGCAGCCACAGUUGGUGUAUGGGCUAUGAGAGAAGGACAGCUUACUACACUGUGUAUAGGCAGGCUUACAGCAUGGAUUUGCAAACAGUCUACAAGUGCUGCCCUGGCUGGACUCAGAAGGGUGAAGAGGUGGGCUGUCUGCAUAGAGUGUGUGGUGCCAAUACAUGUUUCAAUGGAGGCCGAUGUGCAGAGACUGGAGAGCAGAUUUGUCAGUGUCCGCUGGGCUUCAAAGGGACGCGGUGCCAGUAUGAUGACAAUGAAUGUGAAACCGAUAACGGCGGCUGUGAGGGGUUCUGCUGCAACACUAUUGGAAGCUACUACUGCAAGUGUCCUGAAGGCAGUAAACUGGGGCCAGAUGGCAAAGCAUGUCAAGAUGUCAAUGAGUGUGAGGAGCUCAAUGGAGGAUGCCAACAAACAUGUGUCGACACACUGGGCUCUUACCACUGUGAGUGCAGCGAAGGCUUCCGCAUGCAUUCAGAUGGUCGUACCUGCAUUGCUGUGAACUCUUGCUCGGUACUUAACGGUGGAUGUGAGCAUAAGUGUGUGGACUUGGGGAACAAUCACUACAAAUGUGACUGUCGGAAGAACUACCAGCUGAAGAGAGAUGGGAGACACUGUGAAUUAAGGGACCCCUGUGAGGAGAGGAAUGGAGGCUGCGCCCAGCUGUGCCUCCCAGAAGAAGGCCGGGCUCACUGCAGCUGCAGACCUGGUUUUACACUGGCUGGGGAUGGCAAGAAUUGUGAAGACAUUGAUGAAUGCAGUUCAGGCCGUGGCAAGUGUUCUCAUGGGUGUGUCAACAUGCUGGGCUCCUUCAGCUGUGUGUGUCAUCCAGGUUUUGAACUGGGUGCUGAUGGCAAACAGUGCUACCGCAUCGAGAUGGAGAUUGUCAACAGCUGUGAGAAGAACAAUGGAGGGUGCUCUCAUCACUGUGAGCACACCACCAACGGCCCGCUCUGCUCCUGCAACCACGGCUACCAGCUGAGUCGGAACAGGAAGACCUGUGUGGAUAGUGAUGAGUGUAUCAGCGGGGAGUCCUGCUGCAGUCACUUCUGUAAAAACUACCCGGGUGGCUAUGAGUGCAGCUGCAGAGCUGGUUUCAGACUAAACCCAGACGGCUGUGGCUGUGAUGACAUUGAUGAGUGCCUAGCAGAGACCUCAGGCUGUGAACACUACUGCGACAACACUCUGGGAACAUACGAGUGUUUUUGUCGAAUGGGCUUCCGCUUGGAUCAGGACCAGCACUCCUGCAGCUCUCUGUAUGGCAGAGAACUGGAAGUAGAAGAAGAAGAGGAGGAGGAAGAGGAAGACGAUGAGCAGCUGGGGGUCCACAGAUUACCAGACCUGCUGUUCCGCAAUUCCCCUCAGCUCCUGCAGUACACAGCAGCCUUGCACUACCGUGAUGACACUGAUGAUGAUGAUGGCAGUAAAGGUGUUGACAGGGAUAAAGAAUUAGAGACCCAGAGGGAGCGCCGAGGAGAGCUGAGAGCAGACAGCCACAUAGUGUGUUUCGAUGGCACGUUUGGUGAUGACUGCAUUGUGAGCUGUGAAGACUGUAUCAAUGGAGAGUGUAGUGAAAACAGAGACAGAUGUGAAUGUUCUCCUGGAUGGACUGGGAUCAUCUGCAAUGAGACUUGUCCACAGGGCACCUAUGGGCAUGCCUGUAACAGCCUGUGUCGCUGUCAGAAUGGAGGCUCGUGUGACCCUGUGACUGGGAAGUGUUUGUGCCCCCCUGGGGUGCAGGGCCUGCUCUGCGAGGAUGGUUGUCCAAGAGGUUAUUUCGGGAGGUUUUGCAGAAAAAAGUGUAACUGUCCCAAUAACGGACAUUGCCAUCGUCUGUACGGAGGCUGCUUGUGCUCCCCAGGACUAUAUGGCCGCUUCUGCCACCUGCCGUGUCCCAGGUGGACGCACGGUGCUGGUUGUUCCAAAGAAUGUGACUGUGUUCGAGAACAUUCCACUGGCUGUGACCCCAAGACUGGGAGCUGUUUCUGUAAGGCUGCAUACCAGGGGCCACAGUGUGAGAAAGAAUGUGAGCUGGGCUUCUUUGGCACAGGCUGUGAGCAGCCAUGUGACUGUCCAGGUGGAGGGUCAUGUGACCCCAGGACUGGAGUGUGCGGCCAGCGAUGUCCUGCAGGCCUUCAUGGAGAAAAAUGUCAGCUGGCUUGCCCAUCACUGAGAUAUGGUGAGAACUGUCAUCUAACCUGUGACUGUGGAGGAGCUCCAUGUGAUCAUGUAACUGGAUGGUGCAUCUGUCCUGCUGGGAAGACCGGACAGUCCUGUCAGGAAGACUGCCCUGAUGGAUUCUGGGGGUUGAGGUGUCAGUCAUCUUGUCCUAGCUGUGAGAAGGGAAGCUCCUGCAAUAAGCAGACUGGUGUGUGUGGAUGCAAACCAGGCUUCACAGGGAAACUCUGCCAGAAUGAGUGUCCUGCAGGUUUCCAUGGACCAGGCUGUUCAGUGAGAUGUUCAUGCCACUCUGAUGCCACCUGUGACCCACAGACCGGACACUGCGUCUGCCCUCCUGGCAAAACAGGCUAUGACUGUGCAACAUCAUGUGAAUCAGGUUACUGGGGAACAGGCUGUCUAAGUCCAUGCCAGUGCAAAGAGACAUCUCUGGGAUGUCAUCCAGUCAGCGGUCAGUGUGUGUGUGAAGCUGGAUUCACUGGAGAUCAGUGUGAGAAGAAGUGUGUGAACGGAAGCUAUGGACAGGGAUGCACCCAGCAGUGCCAGUGUCAGAACAGAGCUGUCUGUGACCAUAUGAGCGGAGCCUGCACAUGUUCACCAGGAUAUGCGGGCACUUCCUGUGAAAAAAUGUGCCCGGACGGCUUUUACGGUCUUGACUGUGGCCAGAUGUGCGAGUGCAGGAACGGUGCCCGCUGCCACCACAUCACAGGAGCCUGCCUAUGCACCGCCGGCUGGGCAGGACCACACUGCAUUCUGGAGUGUCCACAGGGUCACUUUGGGGAGCAGUGCAGGCAGACCUGUGGGUGUCAGAAUGGAGCCAGGUGUGACCACAUCAGCGGGCGAUGCAGCUGCACGGAGGGCUGGACAGGGGUCAGCUGCCAACUGCCCUGUCCUUCAGAACAAUAUGGGGAAAAUUGUUCUGGACAAUGUGUGUGCCAAAACGGGGGCUCUUGUGACAGCGUGACAGGCCAGUGCUCCUGCCCGUCCGGCUGGACAGGGGCAGCCUGCGAGUCAGAGUGUGGGGAUGGGGAGAACUGCACGCAGGCCUGCAGCUGUGUGAACGGAGGACGGUGUGACACAGUGACAGGAAAAUGCGUGUGUCUGCCUGGUUGGAAUGGAGAGCUCUGUGAGACAGCCUGUUCUGAGGGAUUCUUUGGCGAGGGCUGUGAGCAGCGGUGUGACUGUGUCCAUAGUUUGAGUUGCCACCCUGUGACGGGCCGCUGUGAGUGCGAGCCAGGCUGGAGAGGAGCCGGCUGUGACAAACCCUGCUCUCCGGGGUCCUACGGAGCUUCCUGUGCCCAACGGUGUGACUGCCAGGCUGGGGUGUCCUGUCACCAUGAGACAGGGAGUUGCGGAUGCCCAGCUGGGCUCACAGGGGCUGGUUGCGAAACAGCCUGUCCUGCUGGCAUGUUCGGGCUGAACUGCAGCCAACCGUGUCAAUGUUCAGGAGAACAAGAGCAGUGCCAUCCUGUCACUGGGAAAUGUAGCUGCUUACCUGGUUACUACGGUGCUCGCUGUGAGCUGAGAUGUCGAACAGGAACUUUUGGGUCGCAUUGCAAGUCCAGGUGCAGCUGCAUCAAUGGUGGUCGCUGUGACUUCAGGACUGGGACUUGCUACUGCCCUCCUGGCUUUAUUGGAGCUGACUGCAGCUUAAGUUGUCCGAGUGGGUGCUAUGGGAAGGACUGUGCUAAGCUGUGCUCCUGUGGUGAAGGAGGGCAAUGCCACAAAGCAACUGGAAAGUGUAUCUGCACCCCUGGUAGGACGGGACAGUCCUGCCAACAAGUGUGUCCUAGGGGGCGCUACGGCCUGCACUGCAGACACACGUGCAGCUGUCAGAACGGAGGUCUGUGCAGCCCUGUGGACGGGUCCUGCAAGUGUGGACUGGGCUGGACGGGACCUCACUGUCAGACAGUCUGUUCACAGGGGAAAUAUGGGCCUGGCUGUGCACAUGACUGUCUCUGCCUCAACAAUGGGACCUGUGACCGGUUCAGUGGUGCCUGCAGCUGUACUGCUGGAUACUACGGCCAUUCCUGUCAACAUAGUUGCCCAUAUGGGUUCUUUGGAGUGAAUUGUGCCCAUACAUGUGACUGUAAUAUGGGACAGUCAUGUGACCAUGAGACAGGCCUGUGUGUGUGUCCAGCAGGGUACCAUGGCUUUCAGUGCCAAAGACGCUGUAAUGCUGGUAAGUUUGGAUCAGGCUGUGAAAAGUCAUGUGACUGUGUUGGUGAUGCCACGUGUGACCCAACAUCUGGACGGUGCCUGUGUCCUCCAGGAAGGACAGGACCGAGAUGUGAAAAAGACUGUGGAGGAAACCGGUUUGGUCCUGACUGCUCUCUGCCGUGUCAGUGCUCCAACAGGGCGAGCUGUAAUGGGCUGAAUGGGCGAUGCUUAUGCCCGCUUACUUGGCUGGGCCCCACCUGCAGUGAAGCUGCUCUACACCAAACAGCAGGCUCACUGAACUCCUCCGCGUCCCAGAGAAAGAGAAGAGCAGGCAGCAAAACCACAUAACCCAAGCAGAGGUGUAAACUCCUGACUGGAUGUUGAAAAGCAGGGGUUUGGCUCUGUCAAAGUGUACUCAGAUCAUCUUGGUGAAGAUGAUAUUUGUCAAAUGGUGCUUUGUGAAAGUGGAACUCAGCAGUGAAAAACUGGUGCUACAUCACUGAGCAUGGAGCUCAGUAUUGUCACACAGUGGACAUGACAUGUGAGGGGCCUCAAAGGACCGUAAAAUCCUGCAUCUCUAUGGAUACAGAGACUUCUUAGCAAGACACUCAAAUACCUGCAACACAUAUGUGAAUAUUGCAUAUCUGGAGAACAAUUUACCUCCAGUUUGAUAUGCUUAUGAGAUUAUACAUAGUUUUUUAUUUUACUGGAAUUUUGUGAUUAAAUCCGUCAUUAUUUUGUCAUUAGAAAGCCUUUUAAACUUCUUUCCACGUGUCUUAAAAAAUAUAUUAUGUUUAGCAAUACUCAGAGCCACAAAUAUUUCUGCUGAAAUAAAAUUACUUUAAAACAGAUUCAGAAAUGUAUUUUUAAAUUAUGUUUUCCUUAAAGAAGGCAAAAAAUCACAAUAUCAUCCACACAGAUUUUAAGGGAACAGCAUCACAAGUAGGUGUUGUUUGAUUAUAAGAUUAGCUUUUAACAUUUUCAUCUUUAUCCAGAAAUCCAGAAUCAUCAAUAUUCAAAGAUGUUAAGUUUAGACCUUUUAGACUCUGAACCCUGGAUGUGUGUGUAUACUAGAGUCUUACUCCUCUCGCAGACAGUUUGUUGCAUACUGGUCGUCAAUUUGCUUACAAACUAACCAUGACACUAGUGAAGAAAAUCUCCAAAAAUCUUGCUUAUACUGUAUCUGCAUUAUAUAAACUCUGUUUUUUAUUUCAAGCAGAGAAAAACUUCUUCCUUACAAUACAUGAUCAUCAAAUGACAUCAAGUGUUUAACUCUGUACAAACUUAGUCAUGCAAGGUGAAAGUAAUAGUCAUCUGCACAACAAGAAAGAAAAUGCAAUCCACCUGGAGAUCUUCGAUGUAAUUGAUGAAACAAGAUAUAGUUCUAUCAUAACUUUUCUUUACAUUUUGAGUCCUUAAACAUUGUCAAAAAUUAAGGUUUAAAUUGAGUACAUGGUAAGUACAUACCAAUUCAUAGUCCCUGACUGAUUCAUCAGUCUCCAUAGUCUGUCAUCUACAGACACAAUCACCUUACUUUCAAUAUUGAGCCAUGUGUGUCUUCUUUUCUUGGAAUAUGUUUGUUAAUAAAUGAUUUUGUUUUGAUGUCA